AUGCAAUACGCUCUUAUACUCUCCCUCCUCCUCCCCUUCACUACCGCCUCCCCGGUGCCCCAAAACGGCGGUAAAAACGCUGAAUCUAUCCCCCUCGCUAUCGCAGAAAACCGGCUCUUCAAGACCUUCGCUGCCUCCUCGCAUUGCGAUGCUGCCACCCAGCCCGCCGCCUGCAUCGACGACAAAUUCACCCAAUGCGUCAAUGGCGCCUUCUCGGCCGGCACUGAAUGUGCCGGCGGGCUCAAGUGCUUCUCGCUCCCGCUCGUCAAUAAGGUCGGGACCAGCGUGAGCUGCACUUCAGACGCGGAUGCGGCCGCGAGAAUGGGCUUUAGCAGUGUUGCGGAGCUGAACCAGGCGUUUGGGAAUGCGGUGACGGUGUCGUUGGCGGCGCUGCGGACCGGGGAGCGCGGUACCAAAGUGAGAGUUAAUAGCCAUGGUGGCUUCCACGUUAGUGACCAUGACGAGCUCGAGGUGGACGAGAGUGGGGCGGACGAUUCUACGCAUGUUGAGCAUGCGGGAUAUGAUAAUGCUGCUGCUGCUGCUGGUAAAGGAUAUGCCGACGACGAUGCUGCCGGUAAUGAGUCUGCGGACGACGCUGCUGAUGAUGCGUCUGCAGAUGGUGGUGCUGGUGCAGGACACGAAGGUGCCGCUGACGGCGAUGCUGCUGGCGAUGCUGCUGGAGUAUUCCCACCUUCCGCAAAUUUACCUUCUCCCACCGGGACUCCUUCCCGCAACGGCACUGCAGGAAACGACACUGCUCUCCCGGAACCCGUCCAGACCAAUGCGCCCAACGGUACUGCAGCUCCAGCAGAGACUGCCCUCCCAGCGGAGACUGCCCUCCCAGCCGAGACUGCCCUUCCUGUAGAGGGUGAACAGCCAGUAGAGACAGGAGCCCCAGGGGCUGAAGCUCCGUGCACAGAUGCCCCGCCUGCUGCAACUGGAGCACUUGGAGAGGCUGCUCCUCCCACUGGUACUGCUAUGCCCAUGCCCGAGGAGACUGCGGCGCCAGCGGAGACUGAGCUCCCGAUGCCGGAAGAGGGUGCGCCUGCAGCCACAGAGACUGCUCCUCCAGCUCAUGAGACUGCACCUGCGGCCACUGAGACUGCGCCCCCCGCGAAAGAGACCGCUCCUGCAGCUACAGAGGCCGCUCCUCCGGCUCACGAGACUGCUCCUCCGGCCGGCGAGACGGCUCCUGCGGCCGGUGAGACUGCUCCCCCCGCAAACGAGACUGCUCCUCCAGCUCAUGAGACCGCCCCUGCGGCCGGUGAGACUGCUCCUCCCGCAAAGGAGACCGCCCCUGCGGCUACCGAAACUGCACCACCUGCAAAAGAGACUACACCUACAGUCACAGAGACUGCUCCUCCAGCUCAUGAGACCGUCCCUGCGGCCGGUGAGUCUACUCCCCCCGCGAAGGAGACCGCUCCUGCGGCCACCGAGAUUGCCCCUCCUGCCGCAGGGACCUAUCCUGCUGGAUACGGCGCUGGAGCUUAUUAG